AUUAGAGGUCAUAUUUCAUUAUAUUUGAAUAUUUGAAAGGCCCACACGUCCAUUAAUAAAACGGUCUUGCUGUCAGAAAGAGGGCAAAGAGGUUAACUGGAAUAUUAAAGGGAUGCUUAACCUGCUCCGUUACAAUACAAAGGAUGGGAUUGAAAAGCACUUGGCCAUUCAAAGUAUGUAUGACGUUACUUUGAUUCACCCUCAUCUAUAAUCUGUAAAUAGGUUGGUGAGUUUAAUGUUAAUAGGAUACCUGAAAGGGUAUUCUUAAAUGCCAAAAAAAUACAUACUGCUCAUUGGUUAUAAUAUAUAUUUGCCUACAUUGUCUCCCUUUCCUUUGCUUUAAACACUAGUUUACAUAUUCUAAUUUACAUACAUAACAUUUAUUAGAUAUAUUAGGUGAGCUCCCUCCUUAUCCUUGAAAUUGUUUGUGAUGAAUGGGAGCUUGUCGUGAAUAUCAACUACAACCUAAUUGAGAACCAUACUGCCACCUCCUAAUUGGAAAUUUGUCCAAACAGUAUUGGUGCUGACUACAUUGUGUGAUAUAUGGAAGUUUGCGCCUGGUUAUGUUAUGUGGCUAAUUGGAUUUGUGACCAAAUGUGUCCUUUGAGAAUGCUUAAUAAUAAGAUCCCACAACAUUAUUUUAAUACUACAAAAUCUCUUUUAAAGUAAACCAGUUUCUUUUUUAGGAAGUAAGUUUCCACAUCCAAGCAUCUACAGUAUAUGCACAUAAACACGACGACGUCCACAUCCCCUGAGGAUAAUGGUAGAUAAGGAUUAAAGCUGCAAAGGAAGCACAUUUUAGGGAAGCUGAUUAAUCUCAUGUGUUUCAUUAACAUGCACCUCAAGCUCCCUGAGGCUUCAAACAUUAUGGUGCUUUGUUGCUUUCAGUGGCCUCAGCAUUGAUUGUGUUACCAGAACAGCAGCAAACACAAGACAGUUUUUGGUUGUUGAUUACACGGACAAGAGCAUCUUCUACCACUGGCCCAAUGAAGGACUGACUGAUUGCAUCGGCAAAGAUCAAUAGGAACAAAAUACUAAUCCAUUUGGGCAAUUAACUGGUGCCCAACAUGUUGGCAGCAUGUUGGAUGGUAAACACUGAUUUAUAUUCACCUCAUGCACAUCCAAAAUGAAGAUGGAGCUCUCUUUUUAUCUUUUAUGACUUUUCAUCAGCUGCUAAAACUGUUUUGCAGAUUCAGUUUUUUAACAUAAUGGAGAACAAUAUGGGUCAGGAUGAAGCCACUGAACUUGUGGGGAUGGGACUUCGUGUCUCUGUAUCCCCUGCACAAACUGCCUUUUACAUUAUCCUGGUGAUGAUGGGCAUUCUUGGUAAUGCCACCGUGGUUGGGGUUAUUGGUAGGACUGUAUUCACGGACCGUGGAGGUGGACGUAACUCAGACAUCAUCAUUAUUAACAUGGCCCUGUCGAACCUGCUUGUGUCUGUGCUGAGGAACACACUGCUUGUUAUUUCAGACAUAGGACUUGAGCUCUACUCCUCCAAAGAGUGGUGUCAGUUCCUCAUGGGGAUCUGGGUGUGGCUGCGGUCAGUCAAUGUGUGGUCAACACUCUUCCUCAGUGCGUUUCACCUCCAGACGCUGAGACGUGUGACUCCUACUGUUGUGAGCAUUCAUGGGGCCCGAGGCACUCCCAAGACUGUACUGCUGGGUCUGAGCCUUAUCUGGCUUCUCAACCUUAUUUACUCCAUCCCUGCUCAUAUUUUUUCCACUAACGGGGACGUGAACAGUACAGAGACCCUGAUGCUGGUGAGCAGCACAACACGCCCCUUACUGGGCUGCAUCUGGAACUUUCCUACCAGCUACAGUGGCCUGGCCUAUGCCACAACAUCCAUGGUGAUACAUGAAACAAUUCCCAUCAUCUUGAUGGCACUCACCAACCUGAGCUCCCUGUAUACGCUUUACACCCACGGUAGGGUGCGGAGCUCAGUGCAAGAUGCGCCUGUUAUAAAGCGAGUGCCAGCAGAGCGACGAGCAGCAAAGGUGAUUCUCGGUCUCAUAAUGCUCUUCAUCGCAUCCUGGGGAACCAGCAUUAUCUCUGUCAACUAUUUCAACUACAACCGUGGCUCCUCGGCUGAGUUUCUUCUGGUCAUUGCUCGUUUUGCAAACAUUAUCUUCAUUGCCAUGUCACCUGCUGUUCUAGCAGUCGGUCACCGGCGACUGCGUUCUUGUAUCAAGGCUACACUUGUUCACUGAAAGAGCUGCUGGAUGACAGAAAACUCUACUGCAGCACUGGAGGUGCAGCCAACACAGUACUUCUAAUCA